GAAGACUGGACCACUAAAAUAGUUACCGAACAGUUUUUCUUUAUGGUUAUGCGUUCUACAUUUGCAUAGCGAUGUUUCUUGUAAUGACGUAUUACACAAGCCGCCAUGACACCAGCCGGUUGAAAUUUCGCGUAGCAGUUGGGUUUCAUCAAAUCAUAUAAUUAUGCGACCGUGUCGGAGUGAGUCAGUUUAACUAUUAGCUAUUAUUGUAAGGUUGAAAAGGCACAAUUGCGUAUGGAUUGAUGGACUUCGAUUUGGGAUAUGAAGGCGCAAUUCAAGGAGGCGAAAUGGCUGAAUGGUAAGCGCGUGCGCGCUGUAUCAUGGGACGUAUCCAAAUAUUAUUUAUGGUACUAAUAUUCAUCGGCUGUGGUAUAUAUCUUAUAGCAGAAUUUAGCGGGAAGCUAAACUGGAGUUCUACUGCAUUGCUAAACAGAAGCUCGCUGCCAAACGGUACAAAGUUAAUUGCUUGGGAAAAUAAACCCGAUUGGCCUUGGAUACAAGAUAUAAGCUUCAAGAACUGUGCAGUCAAAUCUUGUGCUUUUACUGCCCGAAAGGAAGAAGCCGAUGUUGUGAUUAUUUAUAUGGUUAACUACCAUCUCCAAUCCCCGUUUCAUCGACCUUUAGGUCAAAUUUGGGCUGUUUUCGGAUUAGAACCACCUCAUUUGGUGUCAACAAACGUCUGGUCAAAUCCUGCAUGGCAAUCACAGAUCAAUUGGACGAUGACAUACCGCUUAGAUUCCACAAUUUUUUUCCCCUAUUACCAGCCUUCCAGGCCGAUUCAAGAUCUACCAAAUUUAAAAGGGAUUUUGUCCAAAAAAUCGAGACUUGUCGCAGCUGUUGUGAGUAAUUGUUAUCUAGCGCCAAGUAAGAGACUGAAAUAUAUCCAGUUUCUUCAAAGACAUCUUAAACAACCGAUCGAUGUUUAUGGAAACUGUGGAACACUUAUGGCUGGUCAGGGAUAUGACUGGUUUAAAACUAUUAGUGUCAAAUAUAAAUUUUAUCUUGCCUUUGAAAACUCUUUAUGCAAGGAUUAUAUAACAGAAAAGUUUUUCGGUAGACAAAAUCUAAAUUGGAUCGUCAUCGCACGAGGAAGUGGAAAUUAUUCUCAGUUUUAUCCAAAACAAUCAUAUAUUGAUACCCGUGAUUUCAAAACAACAAAAGAUUUGGCUGACUACAUCCAGUAUCUAGAUAAAAAUGACACGGCUUAUUUAGAAUAUUUAUCCAAUAAACUAGAUUUUAAGGCCCGAUCUGACGCACCAGAACCAUUUUGUGAAAUCUGUAAACGUCUUCAUGAACCACUGGUGCCAACACAUUAUGCUAAUAUUUGGGAUUGGUUUUCUAAGAAUGCCUGUUCUGAACCACAAGACAUCAUUUAAACAAUCUCAAUUCGUUUUCCGUUUUCGUACAUAUUUUAUAUACCAUAUUUUAUAUUUUACCGGAUUCAAUUUUAAUUAAAGCUGCAAUUUCAUAUU